GAUCCCCUUUCCAUCUCUGAGACAGGGGCCCUGGGGUCAGCUCUGCAAUUGUUUGUGUCCCCAGCUCUUACCCCCCGGGGGUUCCUCCCCUCCUUCGCAGCUCUGGGUACUGGGGCGGGGCCGCCAACUGGCUUUGGGCCCCGCCCCCGGCUCCCAUCCAAUCACAAUCCCUUCUUCCGGGGGCUGGGCCGAAGGGCUGCACUUCCAAGCUGCUAGCUCCAGCACUAGGCUCGCAGCCGAGGAUGAUGCGGGGAUGAUGCACAGCUACUGCUCCUGUCACCACCGCCAGCGACUACCCCGACUUUCCGGGGUGCUGGGGCUGUUGCUGCUGUUGCUACCACUCGCAGCUGCAACGGGCCCAGGGGGCUGUGACACCAUAUACCAGGGCUUCGCUGAGUGUCUCAUCCGCCUGGGGGACAGCAUGGGCCUUGGAGGCGAGCUGGAGACUGUCUGUAGGUCUUGGAAUGACUUCCACGUCUGUGCCUCCCGAGUCCUGUUGCGCUGCCCGGAGGAGGCUGCUGCUGUGUGGGAGUCACUACAGCAAGAAGCUCGCCGGGCCCCGCACCCAGAUAACUUGCAUGCUCUGUGCGGAACCCCUGUGCGUAUUAAGGAGCAUGGGACAGGCCCUGAGACCAACCAGGAGACGCUGCAGGCAAGAGCAUCUGCACCCACCCCAGCCCCGACACCCUCACUGCUGGCAGCUGCUCUGGCGCUCAGCUGCCUCCUGGGACCUCUGGCCUAGCCAGUCUGGUGGAGUUGUAGCACCCCUGCCUCCUACCCUGCUCUGGCAGCUGCUGCGGGGUUUGCCAGGUGCCCUUGGCUUUCAUUAAAGACAGGUUAAGUGCUCUGUCCUCUCCCUCUCUGGGGUCCUCGUCUACCUGAGGGGAGACCGUUCCAGAAGGUGGGGAGUCCCUGUUUCCGUCUAUAUUCCGGUGACCUGGAGCUGCAGAAACUGGGGUCAUGAUGAGGAUUCAUCUGGCCUCUGUUGUACCCAAGCUUGUUCUUUGAGAAGAGGUAUGCAGUGUGAAGUCAAUAAUCCCAGAAGACUUUCUGGAAAUAUGGAAUAAGUGUGUGGUGUGUGAGGAAACCCUGUUCAUCCUGGUGGAGAAGAGCAAGAAUCUACACGGGCAGAAUCCUGAGGGAAGGAGGAGUCCUCAGGGAGGGUGAGACCCUCUCUCAAUCAGUCCUCUACCACCACCUCUAGGACCGUACUCCAAGCCACCACCCCAUGACUUGUGUGGGCAGUCCCAUGGCUUCACUGACUUUUGCUCUCGCUCCCUCUGCUUUAUUUUCCUUUUUUUUUUUUUUUUUAAUUUAGAACCGAUUCCGAUGUUAAAGCUUUUUUCAUUGCCUAUGAGGCCCUGCAUAAGCCAGCUCUGCCCACAGUUGAUUCAGUCCACUCCUGCGACUCCCCUCUGCCUGAGCAUGGAUCAGGGAUCUACCUACUCAGUGCUUGGCAUCAGGGGAGCCUUCAGGGAAGGCAUAUGAUAGGGGCUGAUAGAGGUCAGUAUGUGAGGGGGUGCCUGGGUGGCGCAGUCGUUAAGUGUCUGCCUUCGGCUCAGGGCGUGAUCCCAGUUUUAUGGAAUCGAGCCCCACAUCAGGCUCCUCCGCUAUGAGCCUCCUUCUUCCUCUCCCACUCCCCCUGCUUGUGUUCCCUCUCUCCGCUGGCUGUCUCUAUCUCUGUCAAAUAAAUAAAUAAAUAAUCUUAAAAAAAAAAAAAAAAGAAGUCAGGAUGUGAGACUUACAGGUGGUAGAGGAAAGAUGGGGCUGAGUUGGAGAGGGCUUUACAAGAGGAGCCCAAAGGAAUCAGGGUAGGAAUCUAGAGCUUGGCAGACUAGGUUUACUCUAAAGCCCAUGCUGGGGGGGGGGGGGCUACUGCCUACAGGAAGGAAUCAGGCCUAAUUGAACCCUUGUUUGGCUCCAUGGUGACAGGUGCCUUCAGAGACCUCCAUCUUCGUGUAUAGGGGCCCUACUUCAUCCAUUCUUUCCAAACACCUUCCCAUUCCAGUUAGCUCAGAUACCUCAGUCAACUCUCUCUGUCCUACCUUUGCUCCUCUGCUUCAUUCACCUGUACUUUUCUCUCCACUUCUAUUUCCCAGCCAGUCUCACAUCACUGAAAGGAGAAAGUUCAGGAGAAAAUCUCUCCCACAUCUGCCCCACUUUGACCACCAGAAUUUUCCAGAAGGAAAGGCCAGACUUUUAUCCCUUUGGGUCUUUUUUAUUUUUAUUUUUUUAAAGAUUUUAUUUAUCUAUUAGAGAGAGAGAGAGAGAGCACAAGCAGGGGGAGCAGCAGAGGGAGAGGGAGAAGCAGGCUCCACUGAGCAGGGAGCCUGAUGGGGGGCUCAAUCCCAGGACGCUGGGAUCAGACCUGAGCUAAAGGCAGAUGCUUAACUGACUGAGCCACCCAGGCUCCCUCCCCUUGGGUCUUUGUACAUUUAUUCUCUGUACUCAAAAUACCCUUCCCCAUAUCCUCCUGGUGAACUCCUUUUCUUGAUCAGUAUCACUUCCUUCCUAAUCCUGACUCCAGACCUCAAUCAGAAGUCUCCUACAGGUCCAUACAGCUCCCCAGUUGUCUUCUGUCUCUGGCUUGUUACUGUCUGGGUCUGGGUCAGAGUUCCCCACUGUGGCUUCCCAAAGGUCCUCUUUAUAUCUCUAGCACCCGGCUUAGGGCUGGGUAUAAAGAGUACACUUGUAGAAGUGUGUGGAAUCAAAGACAGAAUCUCUAAGCCCAGCAUAGAAAGUGUUAUAGUCAGGAAGAGCUUGGACUGAGAAUGACCUCAACAUGGAGGAUGUAUCAUUUGGGGCAGCCCGCUUACCUAGCCUGGACAUACUUUGGGAAGGAUGAUGCUAGGAAUCCAGACCCUAAAAGUCUUCUCACAGCCCCUCUUGGUGGGUGGCCAGGAACAGCCUGCUUCCAGGAGCAGGGGCCCAACUGCUUUGGCCAGCCAUCAGGGGGAUUACCAUCUUCCUGCUGUGACCUACUUUACUGGUUUUUGCUCCCUAAGUCGCUGCUCUUCCCUGGAAUUGAGUGACCUGGAGUGUGUGCAUGGGGGUGGGGACAGAAUCUGCUUUCUGGCCAGGGGCUUAAGAGCUUUGUAUGUUUUAUCCCAGAGCUGGAGGAGAGGGGUGGGCUGAUAGCCAGACUGGGCCCUGGACACAUCUGCCCAGGCCAGAGCAUAAUGGUGAUGGUGUGUCUCAAAUUUACAGCUCUGUGGAUAUGGAAUAGCUUAUUGCUCAGGGGACAGCCUACGGGCUGAAUGUCUUGAACCCAGUCCCUCUGCAUCAACAUACCUCUUCAUCUUAGGACCCUGUGUUCUUUGCCAGAAUCCAUACCAGCAUCUGCCAGUAGCAAAGGCUCAAUAAAUACUUGUUGGAUUAAUUUGCUGAAUGUCUGUAAAAUUGGGGUGUUGUGUGUGAAUUUCUAAGCCCCACCAACCCUAGAAUUCAUAUUACUUUUAACCUUCACAACAAUUCUGUGGGGUCAGGAUUAUGAUCCCCAUAAAAUAUAAGAAAAAUGAGGCUUAAGGAGGGGAGAUGUCUUGCCUAAGGUUACACGGCUGUGAAAAGUGUCAGAGCUUGGGGUAUGAUCCCAGGUUUGUUUGACCCCAAAGGCAUGCUCUUAGUCACUAGGCUUUUGGAAGUGAUUUAUUUUCUUUUUUCUUUUUUGGAGGUGGGGGAGCAAUGAUUUUUAAAGGUGUUUUU